CAUAUAAUACACAUGUACACACUCUCCCUCACACACACACACUGUCAUUCAUCUACACACGCUGCUCCCCUCACUCCCUCCUCUGCAUGUAUCAGCAAAGCUGCACUAAGAUCUGUUACAGCAUUAGCCUUCAUACACCCUCUCUGCCAGUACAGGGAGAGACAGCUCCUUAUUGCUCCAUUAUCUCCCCAGCUGAGGACCACGGGGACUGCCGGAUACUACUUCUCAUUCCAGCUGGGACUUUUGGCGUGGAGCUGCCUCCACUCCUCUGUGCUGGGGCCACUGGUGAGAGGAUGAGCAGGGAUGGGCCAGGCGUGCGGACACUCCAUCCUGUGCCGGAGCCAGCAGUACCAGCCUGCCACUUCUGAUAUACGGGGCCAGCAGGUGUUCCUGAGGGCGGAGGACUCCCCGGGGCCAUGCUCGGAGGCGCUGCAGGAUGCUUUGCUCACCCUCGGUUCCGUCAUCGACAUCCCUCGCCUACGGGACGCCAUCAAAGAUGCCGUCGCUGCUGUUUUGCCAAAAGUGGAUCAUGCCUUCAUCUACCUGCUGGACGCGGACGGGCGCCUGGUGUGCGAUGACCCGUACCAUGAGCUGCCUCAGGAAGGGAAACUCAGGGAUUCUGUUCUGCUCCGGAAACGGAUAGAAUGCAGCGGACUGACCCCAUCCGAGCUGUUGGGUCAGAAGAUGAGCGGCCUGGCGGCUCCGCUACCCCCAGACAAACAAGUGCUGAUUAUCCCACUUCUGGAGCCAGACAGUGGGCGCGUUCUCUGCCUUAUACUGAUGCACUGCAGCCAGCUGACCGACUCUGACGAGCAGAACCUGCGCACUCUGGAGAAACACAUGGUGGUGGCGUGCAAACGGGUGCUGGCGGUGCAGAAGUUGCAGCCUUGGCCGCAAGUCAGCCUGUCAACGGGCUCUUCCGAGAGGUCACUGGUUAAAGCCGAACCCGACCAGAGCGACGCCUAUGAUGAGCUGGACCAGAAGAUCCUCCAGUUAUGUGGAGAACUGUAUGACCUGGAUGCUGCAUCCCUGCAAAUUAAAGUUAUUCAUUAUGGGAGCGUGCACGGUCUUCGCGGACAGCCCCAUAGAAGUGACCUCUGCAGCUGCCGCAGACAGUGUAAUGGUACAAUAAAUGUUCUGUCUGUGGCUGGUGCCUCCUCCCCAUCUGUACGUCUGCUCUGGAAAGUCAAUUACUGGCGCUACACCGAGGUAGACGAGCACAAGAUCCAGCACUGCUUCUGCUACACGUCCACCGUCCUCACCAGCACCCUGGCCUUCCAAAAGGAGCAGAAGCUAAAGUGCGAAUGUCAGGCCCUUCUGCAAGUUGCCAAAAAUCUCUUCACACACCUGGAUGACGUAUCUGUUCUGCUCCAGGAAAUUAUAACAGAAGCCAGAAACCUCAGCAAUGCAGAAAUAUGUUCGGUGUUCCUGCUGGAGCGACAUAGCCACGAGCUGGUAGCCAAAGUGUUUGACGGAGGGGUGGUAGAUGACGAUAGUUACGAGAUCCGGAUUCCAGCGGACCAGGGGAUCGCCGGACACGUGGCGACAACCGGGCAGAUUUUGAACAUUAAAGACGCUUAUUCACAUCCUCUGUUCUAUCGCGGGGUGGACGACAGCACCGGCUUCCGGACACGAAAUAUCCUGUGUUUCCCCAUUAAGAAUGAGAGCAAUGAGGUCAUCGGCGUGGCAGAACUGGUCAACAAGAUUAACGGCCCCGGUUUCACCAAAUUUGAUGAGGAUUUGGCCACGGCGUUCUCCAUUUACUGCGGCAUCAGCAUCGCUCACUCGCUGCUGUAUAAGCAAGUCCGAGAGGCACAGUUCAGAAGUCACCUGGCCAAUGAGAUGAUGAUGUACCACAUGAAGGUCUGUGAAGAUGAAACGAAGAAGUUACGGAGUAACGGAAUUCUGCACGUCUCCCAAAUCGAUCCAAAUUUUGCUAACUUCAGCUACACUCCCCGAUCUCUCCCCGAGGAUGAUACAACUAUGGCUACUCUCGGUAUGUUUGAGGACAUGAACUUUGUCAACAACUACAAGAUUGAUCGGACCACACUCAUCAGAUUUUGCCUUAUGGUGAAGAAGGGAUACCGGGACCCUCCGUACCACAACUGGAUGCAUGCCUUCUCCGUGUCACACUUCUGCUAUCUCCUCUACAAGAACCUGGAACUCGUCAAUUACCUGGAGGACAUAGAGAUUUUUGCCUUGUUUGUGUCGUGUAUGUGCCAUGACCUGGACCACAGGGGGACAAAUAAUUCCUUCCAAGUGGCGUCGAAAUCGGUGCUGGCAGCUCUGUACAGCUCAGAGGGGUCGGUGAUGGAGAGACACCACUUCGCCCAGGCGAUCGCCAUCCUCAACUCGCAGGGGUGUAAUAUAUUUGAACAGUUCUCAAGGAAGGAUUACCAGAGGAUGCUGGAUCUGAUGCGAGACAUUAUCCUGGCCACGGACCUGGCGCACCAUUUACGCAUCUUUAAAGAGCUUCAGAACAUGGCAAAUGACGGUUAUGAUCCCAAAAACAAACAUCACCACAAUCUGCUGCUGUGUCUCCUCAUGACCUCGUGUGACCUCUCUGACCAAACCAAAGGCUGGAAAACCACCAGAAAGAUUGCGGAGCUGAUUUACAAAGAAUUCUUCUCUCAGGGAGACCUGGAGAAAGCCAUGGGGAACCGGCCCAGUGAGAUGAUGGACCGCGAGAAGGCGUAUAUCCCGGAACUACAGAUCAGCUUCAUGGAGCACAUCGCCAUGCCUAUAUACAAAUUGUUGAAAGAACUUUUUCCUCGUUCCGCUGAGCUCUACGAGAUAGUGGCAUCUAACCGGGUCAAGUGGAAUCGUGUGUCUCACAAAUUCACCAUCAGGGGAUUGCCCAGUAACAACUCCCUGGACUUCUUGGACGAAGAGUAUGACAUACAGGAGAGUUUGGAUGAUGAAUACAAGAUGAACGGUUGUGUGGACACCAAAGGCCUCAACGGGUCGGUCACUGCUGAAUAA